CGCUGCCUCAUUUUAUGGUGGAGCUUCACAUCUGCAGCGCUCCCUCUCUCUCAAUGAUGGUUUCCGUUUGAGGAGGUCCUUCUUCAGUCGGUCAGUCGCUCACAGAGGAGGAAGAGGAGCAGGAGCAGGAGGAGGUGUAGUUAGUGGCGGCUGCAUCUGCAUGGCGCUGGGGGGGGAGGCGACGCUCGGCUCGGCUUCACCAUGAUUGCCGUGUCGUUUAAAUGUCGCUGCCAGAUCCUGCGCAGGGUGAACAAAGAUGAGGGGCCAUACACCAAGCACUCUACUGGGUCCAGACCUUCAGAUGGAGCGCUGGCCAUCAGGAGGCAGAGUAUACCAGAUGAGUUUCGGGGCUGCUCAGUGGUGGAGCUGAUGAAGAAGGAGGGCACAACACUCGGGCUGACAGUUUCAGGAGGCAUUGACAAGGAUGGCAAACCGCGGGUUUCAAACCUGCGCCAGGGAGGCAUUGCUGCCAGGAGUGACCAGUUGAAUGUGGGCGACUACAUCCGCUCUGUCAACGGCAUCAACCUGGCCAAGUUCAGGCACGAUGAGAUCAUCAGUCUACUGAAGAACGUCGGGGAGCGAGUCGUCCUGGAGGUCGAGUACGAACUGCCGCCUGUCUCGGUGCAGGGGUCAGGGGUCAUGUUUAAGAAUGUGGAAGUCACCCUGCACAAAGAAGGAAACAGCUUCGGCUUCGUCAUCAGAGGUGGGGCCCAUGAGGACAGGAACAAGUCUCGGCCCAUCGGCAUAACAUCCAUCAGGCCAGGCGGACCGGCCGACAGAGAAGGAACCAUCAAACCGGGUGAUCGGCUGCUGAGCGUCGAUGGGAUUCGUCUCCAUGGCAGCACUCUCUCUGAGGCCAUGAGUAUCCUGAAACAGUGCGGACAGGAAGCGACACUGCUGAUCGAGUAUGACGUCUCAGUCAUGGACUCAGUUGCCACGGCAUCGGGGCCGCUGCUUGUAGAGGUUGCCAAGGCAACAGGGUCCAGUCUGGGCGUGGCUUUGUCUACCUCCAUGUUCUGCAACAAACAGGUCAUCAUCAUCGACAAGGUCAAACCAGCCAGCAUAGCAGACAGGUGUGGUGCUCUUCAUGCAGGAGAUCAUAUUCUGUCUGUCGAUGGGAAGUCGAUGGAGUUUUGUUCUCUGGCUGAAGCCACUCAGCUGCUCUCUGCUUCUUGUCAGACCGUCCGUUUGGAGAUCCUGCCACAACACCAGGCCCGACCAGCCCUGAAUGCACCGCAGCAUGGUAUAAACAUAGACUCAUUCUCUCCCGGCUCCAUGUCGGCCUAUAGUCUCUCGUCCCUCAACAUGAGCACCCUGCCCAGGAACAUGUAUCCUACAAGUCCACGGGGCACGUUGAUGAGGAAGAAAGGCAAGAAGAAAGACUUCAAGAGCUCACUGUCUCUCGCGUCCAGCACCGUGGGUCUCGCUGGCCAGGUUGUUCACACGGAAACCACAGAGGUGACGUUGCUAGGUGACGGCAUCAUGGGGUUCGGCCUGCAGCUGCAGGGCGGAGUCUUCGCCACGGAAACCUUAUCCUCGCCGCCGCUCAUUGCUUACAUCGACCCCGACAGCCCGGCUGAAAGGUGCGGCAUCCUGCAGAUCGGUGACCGGAUUUUGUCCAUAAAUGGAGUUCCUACUGAAGACUCCACUUUGGAAGAAACCAAUCAGCUGCUCAGAGACUCAUCCAUCACUGCUCAGCUCACACUGGAGAUCGAGUUUGAUGUGGCCGAGUCGGUCAUCCCCAGUUCUGGAACAUUCCACGUGAAGCUCCCAAAGAAACCGGGCGUAGAGCUGGGAAUCACCAUCAGCUCUCCGUCCAACAGGAAACCAGGUGAUCCUCUGAUCAUCUCUGACAUCAAGAAAGGCAGCGUCGCACACAGGACGGGGACGUUGGAGCUCGGAGACAAGCUGCUGGCCAUCGAUAACAUCCGGGUGGAGAACUGCUCAAUGGAGGAGGCCGUUCAGAUCCUGCAGCAGUGUGAGGAGCUCGUCAAGCUGAAGAUCCGGAAAGACGAGGACAACUCGGAUGAACAGGAAGUGUCUGGCAGCAUCAUCUACACGGUGGAGCUGCAGCGCUAUGGAGGCCCGCUGGGAAUCACCAUCUCAGGCACCGAGGAGCCCUUCGACCCCAUCAUCAUCUCCUCACUAAGCAAGGGGGGGCUGGCUGAGAGGACUGGCGCGAUCCAUGUGGGAGAUCGUAUUCUGGCGAUCAACAGCAGCAGUCUGAAGGGAAAGCCUCUGAGUGAAGCCAUCAGUUUGCUGCAGCAAGCAGGCGAGACGGUCACCCUGAAGAUCAAGAAGCAGGGAGAACUUUCAAGCCCAAAGUCUUGUGUGAUUGGUCCAGGCCUGGGGUUGGGGGCAGGGCUCGGGCAGGAGAACCAGGAUGGGCAGGAGGACCCUGUCAUUAUGGUUGCGCCUCGGUCGAGUCAGAGAGCAUUCGGCACGCUGCCAUCCGUCGACAGCGCUGUCGAGUCCUGGGAUGGAUCCAAUAUGGACAGCAGUUUCACCACACCAGCUCCUUCGUUUCCGGCGUCUCCGUACAGUUUCCACGAGUGGCGCAGCAUCAAGACAACAAACAGUCAGUCAUCAUCCUCCACUCGCCAGAGAGCCAAUCCCCUGUCAGAUCUGGGUCUGAGUGAUGAUGAAUGGGACCGCCCACCACUUGGAGGGUUCACUGUGGGACAUGAUGGGACAGAACCGGACCAGGAGGAGAACUUUUGGUCUCAGGCCCUGGAGGAUCUGGAGACCUGUGGCCAGAGUGGCAUCCUCAGAGAGCUGGAAGCAACCAUCAUGUCAGGCUCGACCCUCAGUCUGAACCAUGACCCCACACCCCUGCGCAGCACUCUGGGACGCCAGGCGAGCUUCCAGGAACGCAGCAGCUCCAGACCUCAGGUCACUCCUCGGUCCAACACACUGCCCUCUGACCCCCAGCGCAGAGCCUUUGCUAUGAGGAAGAUGAGGCAGGAAGUCAAUGAGAUCCUAAACCAGAACCCUGUGGAACUUCACAAGCUGACUCUAGAGAAGGCCUCGGACCUGGAGGAUUUUGGUUUCAGUGUUUCUGAUGGUUUAUUAGAUCGUGGCGUGUACGUUAACAACAUCCGACCAGGAGGCCCGGCAGAGUGUGGUGGCCUCCAAGCCUAUGAUCGAAUACUACAGAUUAACCAUGUGCGGACAAGGGACUUUGACUGCUGCCUCGUUGUUCCUCUGAUUGCAGAGUCUCCAAAUCGCUUGGAGCUUGUCAUAAGUCGAAACCCCACCUCCUCCUCUCUGCUGGCCAAUCACACUGAGGGCACCACCAACAGCAGCCACUCUUCUCAGCCAAUCAGCAGUGAGCUGGGACCAUCGGAGCUUUCAGUCAGUCAAGGAGAGGAUGGUGGUCCAAUAAAGUGGAGCCAACCGGGAGACAGGCUGGGGGUGGCGAUUGGGGUGGGUCAGCUGGAUGAGAAUCUGCAUGGCAAGAAGGACAAGGUAAUAGAUCCCACCAGGGUUAUGGACAGAAGCACCUGGACUGGAUCAGCAGGUUUGGUUUACACAUAAGGAUGGUUAUGGUUCAGGGUAAAUUCUGGAGAUUACAAAGUGUAAGCAUAAAGUUGAAAAUGGUUCAUUCCUAAAUCAGAGAUGGUUGGUAUUAGGCGGAGCCCAGAUUAAGAAUGGGAUGGGAUCCUUACGACCACAACUACAUGCAGCUGCUCAAAUUCAGUUGUGACAAACCAGGUAUCCUGCAGACUUAAAAAGUCUGAGAAUUCCGCAAUGUAGUCCUCAAAAUGCCCAUUAGUAAAAGGGACGAACAAUAUGAAUCUCCAACAUGUGCAAAAAUAUUAUUUUAAUAAGAAUAACUGAACAGUUUGAUCGAGAGUGUAGCAAAAUGUGCCAGUGCCCCAGUCCGAUUAUGUGUGUUGGGUGCAGUGGCUGGGUAACCUUAAGACAGUAUCGAAUGUCUAGUCAGAUCUGUUAUCUUCCUUACUUUGUUUUGUCAAAUAGUUGCUAAGUUAAAUCUAACUUCAGCCAAGCUGAGGUUCAACACAUUCUUGAACUUCAAAUCAGCUUGAAAACAAUCUCACCACAAGGUCCAGUAAGUGUUCUGAAGCUCACUGCAGAUUGUUUGAGAGAUCAAGGUACUUUAAUUUGUCAGAAACAAUUUCAUGGCAGCUGGGUGAACUUCACCUACUAAUGAUGAUCACAAGUUAUGAUCCAAAGUUCUGGAGCAGCUACUACUUGACUUUGUGGUGAGAUUGUUUAUGCCGACAUUUGACUGGAUUCUUGUAGCUAAACUUGUAUACUUUUUGAAAAUGAAUAUAAUUAUCAGUACUGAAAAACAUGACUCUAGUAUCCACAGUUCUCAGACCUUAUCCAGUUCUAGUGGUGGAGACCAGGCAGCAGUAAUGUAGUUGGCAGCAAAACACAGAUUUAAUUCUGGUGAAUUUUACAAUAGCAAAAUAAAUAGUAUAAUUUAAAGAUAAUUAUCAGCUGAUACUGAUCGGAGCAUCCCUAAUGAAAUGGACAUAAACACAGAGGGUUUACUGUUAAGAUUUUUGUUCUGUGCCAUGAACUAGCUGCAAACCGGAAAAUAAUGUUGACAUUGUUAAUGAUGAUGAUACUGAGCAGUUCAAUAAGAAGCUUUUUCUACUGUUUACACCUGUUCGACUGGCCACACUGUGUGUAUGUAUGUGCGCGUCUGUUUGUGUGUGUUGUGUGUGCAUUAAACAGGCCAGUUAAGCCCCUCCCACCUCACGUCCUUGUCUUGGCUUUGCACCAGCUCCUCUUCUUCCCUCAGCCAAUAGGCAGCCAGGAUGACAGACACACAUACUCUGAGAGAUUCAGCUGAUUGGCUGGACCCAAUCAGAAGAGAAACACUUUCCUGCCUGUCUGUGAUUGGUUCUCCUCAACAUGCAAAGCAACCAAUCCAUUCCCAAGAAAAAGCCGAGCAUGCCCCCACCCCCUACUUGCCGAACUUCCUUCCCCCCAGUUACAGCGAUCUAUUAUGGUAAUCGAUUGGUGUGUUUUUUGAUUGACUUUUGUCUGUUUUCUGUUUGUUUCCAUGGCAACUGAACAUGAAAAGAUGUAACACUGAUUUAAAAAAAACUGUUCAGUCACAUCACUAUACAUCAAACCCACAGAGCCCUGAAAACUUUGACCUCAUAACUACAAAAACAAUGUUAUGUGAGGGAAAAAAAAAUCUGUUCAAACAGGAAACUUGUGAUAGUAAAUACGUGUGUGUGUGUGUGUGUGUGUGUGUGCGUGCGUGCGUGCGUGCGAGUAUUGACUUUUGAGCAAUGUAAACAUCUUCCUGCUCUCACCUCAGUCUGAACUCACUAUUUGAACUGGCCAAUCAGAACCCUCCCUCAUCACCGACAACCUGUUGAAACCCUCCCUGAGCCAAACUGACCAAUAGCUGCUUUGCAACAGCUUCUGUGCUUUGGAUACAAGAGCUGUAAUUGGUUGUUUCUCUGUGGCUAGUUAUGAUAGGCUGUUUUACUCUGUCCUAAAAUUGGAUAGCUACGAAUUUAAAGCACACACUGAGUGCAGGGAUAGCAUUAGAUUUGAUUUGAUUUUGAUUUGAUUUAUUCUUUCAAGCAUGUAAAGACAGUUGAUAUGACAACACACAUAA